UUCACACCCUGCAGGUUUUGACAGCUACUAAAAUUAGAUAUUGGAGGUUUUGUUCAAUUAGAUGCUAGGUUUUGACAAGUCCCCAUGAGAUGUAAUGGCAAAAGAGAAUUGAUAGGCACACAGUUUCUUCUUGUUAUCAUGCUAUAUAAAAAACAUGUCUCAGUUGUGGUGGUUUGGUUUGGUUUUUGUUGUUUUCCAUUGCAGGAAUGCUAUUGAUUCCUCUUUAUUCAAGCAAUGGUUGCAUAACUUGCAAAGUGAGAUUGGGAUUCUAGCUAAUGGCACCUUGGCUCUGAGACAAGUUCUAAUUCAGGUUCCAGGUAUUGUAUUUGCAAGAGGACCUGCUGUGACUGUGUUGAUACUUCUGGAAUCAGAUGGUGAAACUUAUGUUGUCCUUACUGAACAGGCAAGGGUUCCUACUGGAAGAAUUAUUUUGGAAUUGCCUACUGGAAUGUUGGAUGAUGACAAGGGUGAUUUCGUUGGCACUGCAGUUCGUGAGGCUUCUCUCUCUCUCUCCAAUUCUCUUCAUAGCUUAGUUGUGCCUCUGACAGGUUGAAGAGGAGACUGGCAUAAAGUUCAAACUUGAAGACAUGGUUGAUCUCACUGCUUUCUUGGAUUCUUCAACAGGAUGCAGAUUUUUUCCCUCACCGGCUAGUAUUGGAAUGGAU